AUGUUCAAACCAAAACAGCAGGAAAGUCAUUCCGACGCUUUUGUUGCUCCUAUGAAGAUGAACUUGAAAUAUGAGGCUAGUUCAUCCAAACCAAGUUCAUUUUGGAAAUAUCAGGAGGAGUAUGAGGCUAUAUUUCCAUUCUCCAAAGAUCAAGUCAUGCAACAUGUCCAAAAAACGAUUCAUGACAUUAAUCAGGAUGAGACAAAACCUGAGAGGGUUUUUUAUUCGGCUGUUCGAGGAAUAUAUCUGUAUGGAUCAAGAACAUUUAAAACUAAUAUGAAUGAUUCAGACUUUGAUUUUGUCUUUUUGGCCGAUGAUUUAACGUCGGAAAACUCCAGCGAGGGUGGAUUUUCAAGAAAUUCACAAUACAUGUUACAUACUACCAUUCGAGUACAACAUGAGAAUGGAGAAACUGAGUAUGAAUUAGAAAUUAUGAUGAUGAACACUUUUGUAUUUCUCGAAAUGGCAUUUGCGGAAAUUCCAGUAAUUUUACUUUCUGUUCAACAACCAAAUGAAAAAUUUGUCUUGUUUGAAGAUGAUAAGAUGAAAAUCUGGAGAGAGAAUUGGAAUAAGUGGUUUUUAAGAUUACCAAGAAGCAGGAAUGCUAUUCUACAUGAACUAAACUUUAGCUACAACAAGGCAUAUAGAUUUUGGUUGGCUCUACAAAAUGGUGUGCACACAACGGAAAAAGCACAAAAAGAUUAUUUGAAGAAAGUCAAGAAAAACUUAGCCCAUGGAAUAAGAUUCUGUAAAUAUGGCUAUCAAAUUGUUUUUGGUGGAUGCAUCUAUGAUUAUUUAGAAACAAAUACAUUGUAUGACGAAUUGGUAUUUAGAACUGAUCAUUUCACAACCUGGCAACAAUUUGAAUCUUCUGUUAAGCACCUAUAUGAUAAAUGGAUGGUUGAAUACAAACAAGAUGUGAAAGCAUUGAUGAGAGAAGCAAGGAAAAACUGUUUGAAUAUGAGGAGAGAACAUCCAUUGCUUGUUAUUGACUUUUUAAAUACGUUCUGCAAAAAGUUUGUCAAGAAGUCCACCUUUAUGAUCGGCUCAAAUGUUGAAGACGUACAGUACAUGUUUGGACCUUUUACGCUCUCCAGACUCUUUGCAAUUUCAGUCUCGCCAGUGCUUCGAUCAAGUGAUGAAAUUAAUAAUCCAAGCAUUUCAACAUUGUUUAAGCUCGAUUUGGAUGCUACUUAUCAGAACAAUGAAAACGCAGUGAGUUUCCGUGAUAUGGAGCUGUUUUUGGAAUGCAAUGGUCUAGUGGUUGAGGUAAAACCUUUAUCAAAUAAUGAUGACACAACAGAAGUGUCGUAUAGACCAGUCUGUGUUCCAAGAUUUUAUUAUGAAAAUUAUCAAGAUUUAGAUGCUAGAUAUGGAGAAAAUUAUUGUAACACCAUUGAUUUAUCUCGAUACACAAUUUUUGAAAAUCCAACUGGCAUUCAGUGCCAAUUAUAUUAUUACAAUGGAGAAUGGAGGAUAUCAUCGAGUGACCAAUACUCAAAGUGGUACUUGUGGGUAAUGAAAAAAGACGAUGAAUUCAAGCAUUGCACAGAGAGUCGUUUCAAAGAAUUAUGGAAUGAACUUGGAAUGCAAUAUCCCAGCAUGGAGGAUGCAUUCUUUAAUUUCUUUUUUGUUUUUCAAGAGAAAUCCAGAAGAAUUAUUUUCAAAGGAUAUAGAAGUCUGGACACAUUCAAAGAAUGCAAAAAUUGGAAAGAGUUUGGUAACAAGUAUCAUUGGAAAGAUCAAGUUAACACGCUCAACUACACCAGUAUGGAAAGCCUUAUUGCUGCGGUGAAUGAUUUCAACAUGUAUUCGCCAUCAGAGUUUGAAGGAGUUGAGUGUAUUGAUUUUGAAAAUUGUGAGCAUGGAUUUCAGCUACGUAGCUCCCUUAGGUUCCGUGUUCCAUUUUUAAGAUUGACGAAUAUCAAUUAUAUUACGUCCAUCAUUGACCAAGAUAUUGUCGCAAACCCGCCAAUGGAUUUAGUGACCUCAAAGUAUAAUCUUGACCUCUUGGUGUCAAUACUUCUUCAAAGCACUUUAUCAGCAGUAGAUAAGUCAGACGAAUUAGCUAUUGAAGAAUUGAAUAGAAUAUUUCUGCCUCUCUAUAGAAAACUGAAAAAUUCAUACCUUACAUUAUGCAAAUUGAUUGAUGAUUUCUACAAUAAUUCCUUACUGAACAUAGAAAACGAUUAUGAGCAGUUCAAUGAAAAAUGCAAAGAUUUUCUUGAAGGAAAGCUUACUAUUGGAAAACAAUUUCAAGGACCAAAAAAGAAACAGCCUCUGAGGUGA